CUUCCUUGACGUUUCCUGUUUCUUUAACCUAUAAAAUAACACUUCAAGUUCAUAAAGGCAAUGUAAUAUUAAUAUUACAGUUUUGUUUGUAGUUGAAUAUAACAUAUUUUAAGCGAUACAAAAAUGACAUCUAAAGAACUUACAAAUAAAAUUACAAAUGCAGCUAACGCGGGAGAUGAAAAAGAAUCUGGUUACAGAGUAUACAGCAUACUUUCAUAUUUUUUCAUAUUAGUGAUUGUCGGAUUACCAGUUUGGUGGUAUACAACACGAGUUUAUAGAGCAAAUUUACCUAUUAGCGAAAUGUAUGAAGUGGAACUAAAAAAUAAAUCCAAUAAAGCAUUUGGCAUUCCAUUGAGUUUAGAUUAUGACAUACUAAUUACUUUUGUCCAUCCGGAUCCAAGUGGUAUAGAAAUAGAGUUGAAUGGAGAAGAUAUUGACAAAAACAUGCAACCAUUCUUAAAAGCAAUAUCACCCAUUGCCGAUUUUGUCGUUAAAUCGCAAUGGCUAUACUUGACUGACCUAGGAAUUAAUCCACGAAAGAUGUCGGAUCAUUUUGCUUUACAAGAAAGUCAGUUGCCUCAUAUUAUAAGUCCUUUGGAAACAAAAAUGUGGUCUCAUCUUUCACAGAGACCUACUAUAAAUUUAGUGUUAUACUUUUCAUACUGCUCCACGCCCUUAUAUAUUUAUAGUGAUAGAAAUAUAAAAAUUCCAACAAAUGCUUUUCUGAGUCCUAGAUGGGGUGGCAUUUACAUUGUUAAUCCCGAUAAAAGUUCAUGCGAAACUAAACAAUUUAAGCCUGAUUUAAGACUAAUUGUGUCUACUUUUAUAACUCAAAUACAACAUUUAUUUGGCGUUGAAGGAAUUGAAGCAGAUAAUAUUAACAAACUUAAAAUUAGAAAAACGGAGGAAAUGAUAGAUUCCACAAGAAGAACGUUAAAAUCUCUAGCACAGCUGCUGUCAGAAAUUGGUAGCAUUGUGAUCAGCGACGAAGUUGGAGAAAAAAUUAAUAUAGCUGUAGGAAAUGCAGACUUAGCUGAGAAAUUCUUACAAAAGGGGGAUGUAGAUCUAGCUUUAAAACAUUCCAAAAUCGCAUUUUGGAAUUCAGAAGGGGCAUUUAGCGACCCAUCAUUAUUAGCAUUGUUGUAUUUCCCACAUGAUCAAAAGUAUGCUGUCUACAUUCCACUAUUUCUGCCAAUAAUGAUACCAGUUUUCAUGUCACUGACACUAGUGAAGAAGUGGCAUAGCAAUCGUAAAACACAAAAAACAAAGUCUGAAUAAUUGUAGAAAAUAGAAUAAUUAAAAUUAAAAUGUUUGUUUCUA